GAGUCGUGUCUUAUAAGACAAUGCGAUUCAAUACUAAGACAAGUGAAUGAUGUGCCGAGACUUUACAGGAAGACCAACAAAGAAGUGCCCACUAAAGCGUCCAAUUAUAUCAAUCAUUGCAUUGAAUUGAUAUUUUCAAUCACUUCGAGUCAAACGCAGGUUUGGAAGACUGAAUGGACUCGUUAUGUGUUGAACGAAAUCACCUCUCAUUACAAACAAUACACGUCAGAAGUGUUGACAUCCGUUCAGAAGAUUGAAGACAGUCUUAAACGACUCAAAAAGGCUAAAAUUGGGAAUCAAAACAAUGUGUCGAAGAAUAACUUAAAUAACAUGUCAGAUGACGACAAGAUUCGCCUUCAGAUCUACUAUGAUGUCCAAGAGUUUGGACAACAGGUAAGCAUUUGGUAG